AUGCCAGCUGCAGCAGUGAAGCCCGCUCCGGAGGACAUGGUGGCGGAAGGAGGGGGCGAAGGAGAGCGCGGCGGGUCCCAGUGGGAGGCCUCGGGGCUGGGCCGGGAGCGGCUGCCUCUGCCCUCUCUGAAGGUCCCCAGGGAGCUGCUGCGGAGCUUCCCCCACUCCAAACGGGUGGGGCCCUAUCUGGUGGGGAAAAUGAUCAACAAGGGCUCGUUCGCCAAAGUGAUGGAGGGGCUACACAUCGGCACGGGUGAAAAGGUGGCCAUAAAGGUGAUCGACAAGAAGAAAGCGCGGCAGGACUCGUACGUGCUGAAGAACAUGAAGAGGGAGCCUCGGAUUCAUCAGAUGGUCCGACACCCUCAUAUUGUGGUCCUGCUAGAGACUCUGGAGACAGAGAACAGCUACUACAUGGCCAUGGAGCUCUGCGCUGGAGGAGACCUGAUGGACAGGAUCUGUGAGAGGAAGAGGCUGGAGGAGAGGGAGGUGCGGCGCUACACUCGUCAAAUCCUCUCCGCAGUGGAACACCUGCACAAACACGGCAUCGUACACAGAUCCCUCAAAAUGAAUGCAGCUCUCCCUCCACCUCACUAUGCUGUGGCCAUAAAGGUGAUCGACAAGAAGAAAGCGCGGCAGGACUCGUACGUGCUGAAGAACAUGAAGAGGGAGCCUCGGAUUCAUCAGAUGGUCCGACACCCUCAUAUUGUGGUCCUGCUAGAGACUCUGGAGACAGAGAACAGCUACUACAUGGCCAUGGAGCUCUGCGCUGGAGGAGACCUGAUGGACAGGAUCUGUGAGAGGAAGAGGCUGGAGGAGAGGGAGGUGCGGCGCUACACUCGUCAAAUCCUCUCCGCAGUGGAACACCUGCACAAACACGGCAUCGUACACAGAGAUUUAAAGAUUGAAAACUUCCUGCUGGACGAACAUAAUAACAUAAAGAUUGUGGACUUUGGCCUGAGUAACACUCUGAAGGCUGAAUCUUUGUCCAUGGAGCUCCUCAACACCCAGUGCGGAAGUCCUGCCUACGCGGCUCCUGAGCUGCUCGCUCACAGGAAGUAUGGACCCAAAGUGGACGUCUGGUCGGUAGGUGUGAGUAUGUUUGCCAUGCUGACAGGGACUCUGCCCUUCACUGUUGAGCCUUUCAACAUCAAACAGCUGCACCAGAAGAUGGUCAACGGAGAGAUCAGCAGCAUCCCCAGUGAUGUCAGCAAAGGUGCGGCAGCAUUCGUGUUGGCUCUCCUGGAGCCAGACCCGGCUAAGAGACCCAGUGUCAGAGCUGCGAUGGAGGAGAGAUGGAUCAACGAGGGAUAUGCCAAGAAACCACUACACACACUCUCUCAUAAAAACAGGUUGUGUCCAGAGGACCUCAACUCGUCUGUGCUGGCACACAUGACGGAGACGCUGGGCUACUCCCUCUCUGAAAUCAUACACACACUCACCACCAACCGACCCUCCGCCAUCAUGGCCUCCUAUCACCUGCUGCUCAACAAGCUCGGCAGGAGCCAGAAAGGAGCCAAAGCCAGCAAGAAGCUAGACAGCAGUGACUGGAGUCUUCCAAGCAAGAAUACAUGGAGAGAGAGGAAUAACACUGAAUCAAAGACGCAGCAACAGAAUGAACCGUCCAAUGAAAAAAGCUCGAAGCAGUCUGGCAGGCCUCUGAGAGCCCAACAGACAACUGCAUGUCAGAGCAACAGGAAGAGGCCCGAGGACCUGCACAGAAAGGACCACCGAGAGGACACAGAGAACCGUUCGCCCUCUCCAUCUCUACCACAGCUUCCUCACUCUGCCUCCCCCUCAAUACCACCCCGCCUUCCCUCCCCGUCCCCCGCCCGUCAGUCUUUGGAGGAUGGGGCCACUGACGAGGAGAUCGCCAUUACCUUGGACACCAGAGAGACGCUGUUUCCUGAAGUGUCUGUGUUUGGGGACAGGGAACUCGUCCAUCUGUCUCCUCCUAAAAGCUCUGCAUCUCAACUCUGUGACUCCGCCCCUUGCCAAGUCCCAUUACCAGCUGAGCCAAUCAGAGACAGCAGCCCGUUGAGACCGAUCCGACACACGCACCUGCUCAGGACAACUCAAUCAGACGGGGUGGCAGACCCGGGGUCAGACUGCUUCCACGACAACCGGCAACCGGACGACCACUCUCAUCACCUGACCAUCAACGAGCGUCUGGAGAAGCUGCAGACGUUUUAUUCCUCAGAGAAGAACGGCAUCUCUCCCAGGAUGCUCCUGGAAGCCGACACACACUCCUCAGACAGAGACCACCUGGGUGCCAUGGAGAGGACGCAGACGUCGCCCUCUGCCCCCCUGCCCCGCCUGCGUAACGUGGGGCUAAAGGACGGACGGGGCAGGAAGAUGACAUGGGAAGGGUUGACCCGACCCGGGCCCCCAGGACUCCUGGUGAACGGGUCUAAACCUCCUGCCUUCCCCUCGCAGAGACAACAUACUAUGGUCAUUAAGAGCCUCAGGCAGGAGAGGGGCAAGAGAAGAGAUUUGUCAGGAGCAGGAGGUGGAGGAGGAGGAGAGAGAGGGAUGGCAGGAGGAGGGAUGAAUGGAGCAAAGAGGAACUCAGUUCAGCUACGCUCAUCUCUCCAGCGCCGGGUGGCGGACCUGAAUCUGCCGCUGCUUCCUACAGCCCUGCAGGGGAAGACAGACAGGAAGAACCAGCUACACAGCAUGGAUUAUUGA